UCCUACACCACGUGACUAUAUCAUUGAGUCCGAAAAGAGCUCACAAAGUCACUAGUUUAUAUUACAGCUGUCGAGAUUAAUCUCCUUAUAUUAACUGCAGCUGCUUGCUCUAAACCGUAACUUCAACGUUUCAUUGCAUUCGCUGCGUGGUCGUCUCAACAGAAGGUGAAGCGUGUAAAUUUCUUUAAAUUAAUCCGUUUUAUUAAAAUAUUUAAAGAUGGUUCAACGUAAAAUAAAAGGAAAGAAAGGAAAGAAGAAGGUUGCAGCAGCCCCAUUGGCAGCAAAGAAAAUUGAAGCUCGCAAAACUGUAAACCCUCUUUUUGAAAAAAGGCCCAAGAAUUUCGGAAUUGGUCAGGACAUUCAGCCAAAGAGAGAUCUCAGUCGAUUUGUUAAAUGGCCCAAAUAUAUUAGAUUGCAAAGGCAGCGAGCAGUUCUUUACCAACGUCUGAAAGUCCCUCCUCCCAUUAAUCAGUUCACUCAGGCUCUUGAUAGACAAACAGCUACACAAUUAUUCAAGUUGCUUGAUAAGUACAGACCAGAGACACCACAAGCCAAGAAAGAGCGUUUGAGGAAGAGGGCAGAAUCACGUGCCCAAGGAAAGGAAGAUGUACCUACUAAAAGAACUCCAGUUGUGAGACAAGGAGUUAAUACAGUUACCAGUCUCGUGGAACAAAAGAAAGCACUCUUAGUUGUGAUUGCCAAUGAUGUUGAUCCAAUUGAACUCGUCUUGUUCUUGCCAGCAUUGUGCAGAAAGAUGGGUGUGCCCUACUGUAUUGUUAAGAAUAAAUCUAGAUUGGGACGUAUUGUAAGGAGAAAGACCUGUACUUGUUUAGCCUUGAGUACAGUUAAUUCGGAGGAUAGGACUCAAUUGAAUAAGCUUGUAGAGUCUGUGAAGACCAACUUCAAUGAAAGGGCAGAAGAAAUCCGUCGUCACUGGGGAGGUGGUCAGCUUGGCUCCAAAUCUGCUGCUCGUAUUAAUAAAUUGGAAAAAGCUAAAGCAAAAGAACAGUCUCAGAAAGUGGGAUGAAUUUAAAAUAAAAGAAAGAAUAAAUUGA